AUGGACAACAGUGUCAUGGCAGGCCAUCCCUAUGGCGUUCAGCCAGAGGGGAAUUUGCUCACGACCAUCGACCGCAAGGCGAUUGGACAGGCACAAGCUGGGUUGGGCCUCUUGGCCCUGCUUCCUCACGAGCUCCUGCUUGACAUCCUCAGUCGCUUGGAUCCACGCAGUCUGGCCUGCGUCGCACAGACCAGCCGCUCUCUUUAUGCGUUUGCCCAUGCCCCUGACCUGUGGAAGGCCUUUGUCAUCCGAGCUUGCCCCCACGGUUUCCAGUUCCGAGGCUCGUGGAAAGAAACCUACACCCACAACGUCCUUGGUCUAGCCAUUCGCCAUAUCCCCUUGCUCUGCCCGCACGUCUACUCAGACGCGCUAUACGCCACAGCAUCUGCACCGUUCAGCUCACCCUGCAAGAGUACCUUCAAUACGCUCGCCAAACUGCCUGCCUUGACCGAGUCUUGGUCACCCCCGACCCUGUUUGACCAAGACCUCAUGGCAGUCCUGGGUGAAACCUUACGGCCAGAUUACCGGUGGCUUUUAGUUGGACCUCCUGGAUCAGGCACCAACUUUCAUGUGGACCCAAAUUACACCGCAGCUUGGAACACCGUAGUCAUUGGUCGCAAACUUUGGCUCUUGUUCCCCCCGGACAUUCUCCCACCCGGUGUUGCCAUAAGUGAGGACGGCUGCCGUGUUCUUCAGGCUGACAACGUGACUGCCUGGUUUGAAGAAUACUACGAGCAACUGCAUGAAGAUAGCGAUCUGAGCAUGCAUGCCGUUGAGACCAUUUGCCAACCUGGCGAAACUGUGUUCAUCCCCGCCGGCUGGUGGCACCUCGUCCUCAACCUUGAGGUCACGGUGGCGGUCACUCAAAACUAUGUUAGCGAGGCCAAUCUGCCGGCCUCGCUGGACUUCCUUGCUUCUGGCAUUCCAGCCUACAUGAACCACGCUGGGCCUCCAGAUCUUCACACCCGUUUUCGCACGGCUUUACAGCAACAGCAGCCCCACAUUCUGACACAGUGCCCGAAACGCGCAAAGACAUCACUUUGGUCUCAGUGGAACGCUCCGUUGCCCAAUGUCAAUAAUUCCCCCGAAAUCGGGAGUACAGCCUCACAUGCUCCCCAAAAGGACUGUGACUCCACAAAGGACACGCCAACUCCACAAGGAACUUUCUCCUUCUCUUUUGCUUCCUAA